GAAGGGUGUUAUGGCAUUCAGUGGAUCCAUUUUACUCGUGCUUUAGAUUUGAAAGCUUGCAUAGUUUCCGCUGCAGAGCGUUUUUCUGGUCAUAUGUGCCUGUCUAAUCUGUCUAUUCCUUCAACCCUACAGACAACUGUGGGAAGCGCGCGCGUAUGCCCACCGCUGAUGCCAUGUGGUCAAAGCAGCUGUGCGGCUGAUAACCAAUGACAGGCAGCAGAGACGCCGCGCGGAGCUGAAGGAUGCGUCGCGUCGCGUCGCGCCCCGCUGAUAUUUAAACCAUUCUCACAUCGCGUAUGCCAGAGAUGCGAGCUGCAGCGAUUUCUGCGCUAAGAACGGAAAGAUGCUGCCUUCGUGGAUUCAUGGAUUAAGCUGGAUUUCAGGACACACCUGUAGAUUUUUCACCUAGUUUUCUGCAUAAUGCCUUAUCUGAGACAGUUCCUAGUUUUAGCGCUCUUCCUGGGCUCGUUUGGGGAGUGCCGGAAUAAACACGCAACGAGAGAGAGAAGGUGGACCGGAGCUGUGGACACCCAGAAGCAUGGGACCUCCCUGGCUAAGAAGCCGCCAGAUGUGACAAAAUCACGGCGACUGAAAACAGAGCAGUUGUUGAAAGUGGACGAUCAUGAUUUCACCAUGAGGCCCGCAUUUGCAGGUCCUGCAAUUCCAGUGGGAGUUGAUGUACAAGUGGAAAGCUUGGACAGUAUCUCAGAAGUAGACAUGGACUUUACUAUGACAUUAUACCUGAGACACUACUGGAAGGAUGAGCGCUUGUCCUUCUCCAGCACCACAAAUAAAAGCAUGACUUUCGACGGCCGCUUGGUGAAGAAGAUCUGGGUUCCUGAUGUCUUCUUCGUCCACUCUAAAAGAUCUUUUAUUCAUGACACCACCACAGAAAACAUCAUGCUGAGAGUCUUCCCUGAUGGCCACGUUCUCUACAGCCUGAGGGUCACAGUUACAGCUGCCUGCAACAUGGACUUCAGCCGUUUCCCACUGGAUUCACAAACCUGCACUUUGGAGUUGGAGAGUUACGCCUACACAGAUGAGGAUCUGAUGCUGUACUGGAAAAGUGGAGAUGAGUCUUUGAGUAUAGAUGAAAAAAUCUCUCUCUCUCAGUUCCUCAUACAGAAGUUUCACACGACCUCUCGGCUGGCUUUCUACAGCAGCACAGGAUGGUACAACCGCCUGUACAUAAACUUCACGCUUCGCCGCCACAUCUUCUUCUUCCUGCUGCAGACUUAUUUCCCUGCCACGCUUAUGGUUAUGUUGUCCUGGGUGUCGUUCUGGAUUGAUCGCAGGGCUGUUCCAGCCAGAGUUUCAUUAGGUAUUACCACAGUGCUCACCAUGUCCACCAUCAUCACAGGGGUGAACGCCUCCAUGCCCAGAGUCUCCUACAUCAAAGCUGUGGACAUUUACCUGUGGGUCAGUUUUGUGUUUGUGUUCCUGUCCGUCUUGGAGUACGCGGCAGUUAACUACCUGACCACGGUCCAGGAGAGGAGAGAGCGUAAGCUCAGAAAUCGAGCAGCUCAAGAGCAGUCUUUGCCGUGUACCUGCGGUAUGUCCCACACCAGGACCAUGAUGUUGGAUGGGACCUACAGUGAGGCUGACGCCAACAGCUUGGCUGGCUACACAGAGGCUCCCAUGGUUCACGAAGAAUUGGUGCCGGAGAAACAGGAACAUAUGGUGGUUCACCUGUCAAUGAGCAGCGAGUCCACCACCACUAAGAAAAAGGGCAUCCGGGCCUUCCGCAUCAUGCAGAACACGCAUGCCAUUGAUAAGUACUCCCGCAUGAUCUUCCCGGGAGCCUAUAUAGUUUUCAACCUCAUUUACUGGUCGGUGUACUGCUGAUCGUUCUCCAGCAUCUUACACUCUUUAAGACUUUUGGAGGUUUACACAACCAUCCUUCUGACUUUUUGCUGCAACAUUGGUUCAUGCGAUACCAAACUGCAGUCACUUUCAUUAGCAAAAAGACUGGAGGAAUAUGGUUGAGUGCUUUGUAUAGGCCUUUUCAGGUUUAUGACAAAUUAACUGUAAAACGUUUAUCAGACUUUUUGUAUGGGAUUGUGUUUUCUCUUCAUGUUUGCGUCUUUGGUCUAUGGUAUGGUAUGUACAGAGCAAAGUCUGAUUUUAGCAACUCUUUUAAAUGUGUACUAAAUAAUUUUUUUCCACUUUUACUUUUUAUACCUAAAAAAAAAUAGUACUUUUAACAGAGAUGUUGAAAGAAUAGUUAAGAGAUCCAGUCAUAUCAUUGGCCUAAAAAUCCUGUUUUUUUUCUUCUACAUAUGGUGGGCUGCACCCUCAUGGGAGCCGCCAUGUUUAGAUCACAUGACCAUCUGUUUUGUGCAGUUUUAGCAAUUUAAUACAUUUAUAUAUAUAUUUAGCAAAGAUUUAUACAUAAUUUUUUACAAAAAACAAAACAAAAGGCCAUAUAAAACAAACCAAAUACAAUAUAAAGAUGCAACUCAACAAGAAUGUUGUCAUCAGACAAAAAAAACCCAAAAAGGAACAGGACAGAAACAAAUAACAAAAUAACUGCUCCGAUGUAAAGUGGCAGUGGUUAAUGAAUUUAAUGUAAUGAAUUAACACUAACUUAAAAUUAUUUUGUAAACCUUUAAAGCUACACUGUGUGAUUUUUACGCCCAUCUAGCGGUGAAAAGGUAUAUGA